AUCGAGCACGUGACAGUCAAAUUUCUAGAACAUACAAGAAAAGUAUACAUCGUAAUUAUAAUUAAAUAAAACCUAAAUCUAUUUAUAGUAAUUCAGUAUUGACACGAUAUAAUUAUCAAUUAGCACACGAGAAACGUGUUCUUAAAAUAAAAGAGUAUUAUCUGGUGUCAGUUGGACAGCGCCGAAACCGGUGUUUACUCGUCCACGUUAAUUGCGCACUAAUAAAUACUCAUAAUCUUGUUUAUUCCGAAACUCCAUUGUAUCUACGCUGUAAAAAUUUAAUUCUUAGUCAUCAACAUGCAGAUACAUUCCAACAGCCCUUACAGACCUUUCAGCAGUCGUCUGCGAGCCAAUGAGUCAAGGAGCUUCAGCUCUAAUGGAAGCAUGAUUGUGGUAAGCAACAGGUUGCCAUUUGUGCUCAAAAGAAAUGAAGAAACCGGCAAACUAGAACGUAAAAGCAGCGCUGGAGGUCUUGUUACCGCAGUAGCACCAGUUGUGAUAAAUGGUAACGGAAUAUGGGUAGGAUGGCCCGGCAUGCACAUGGAAGAUCAAAAUGAACAAAUACCUGAAUCUGAUCCUAAUGAUAGAACUCCAACCUCCGGUUUACUUUCGAGUAAGGUAGUUGCAGUCCAUGUAGAACCUGAUACAUUUGAUUCAUACUACAAUGGUUGCUGCAAUGGAACUUUCUGGCCGCUAUUUCACUCAAUGCCAGACCGCGCGACCUUCAAUGCCGAGCACUGGCGCGCGUACGUCGCCGUAAACGAAGAAUUCGCAGCGAAAACAGUGAAGGCGCUCGAGAUGAUUCACGAGGAGCAAAAGAGUAAACCAAACGGGACUCCAUUGGUUUGGGUCCACGACUACCAUUUGAUGCUGGCGGCUAAUUGGAUUCGACAGGCAGCCGACGAGAAGAAUCUCAAACUAAAGCUUGGUUUCUUUCUGCACAUCCCGUUCCCACCGUGGGACAUCUUCAGAUUAUUCCCUUGGGCCGAUGAAAUUCUACAGGGAAUGCUUGGCUGCGACAUGGUCGGGUUCCACAUCCAAGACUACUGUCUCAACUUCGUCGACUGCUGUCAGAGGAGUCUGGGUGGUAGAGUUGACAGAAAGAACCUUCUAGUAGACCACGGCGGGCGCACAGUCCGUGUACGACCGCUACCAAUUGGCAUCCCCUUCGAUCGAUUCGUUUCACUUGCAGAAGCCGCUCCCAAAGUGAUAAUGACCAACUUGAAAAUAGUUCUCGGUGUCGACCGUCUCGACUACACCAAAGGACUCGUCCACCGGCUCAAGGCCUUCGAGAUGCUUUUAGAAAAGCAUCCAGAGCACCGCGAGCAAGUGACAAUGCUGCAGAUCGCGGUCCCAUCGAGAACAGACGUCCGAGAAUACCAAGAACUGAAGCUCGAGAUGGAGCAAUUGAUCGGUUCCAUCAAUGGGCGCUUCACUACACCCAACUGGUCGCCAAUCCGAUACAUCUACGGGUGUGUCAGCCAAGAUGAGCUAGCUGGUUUCUACAGAGACUCAGCUGUCGCUCUAGUUACUCCUCUAAGAGACGGAAUGAAUCUCGUUGCCAAAGAAUUUGUAGCGUGUCAAAUAAAUACUCCACCAGGUGUCUUAAUAGUUUCCCCAUUUGCCGGUGCUGGUGAAAUGAUGCACGAGGCAUUAAUUUGUAAUCCAUAUGAAAUUGAUGAAGCUGCUGAAGUUAUAAACAGAGCACUGACAAUGCCAGAAGAUGAACGUACGCUACGUAUGAAUUAUUUACGUCGUCGUGAGCGUAUAUAUGACGUAAAUUAUUGGAUGAAAUCAUUUUUACAAGUCAUGGGAUCAUUGGAAGAACAAGAUUCCGUUGGCGCGACUGUAAUGCAGCCCGUUACGAUGGAUGACUUUGAUGAUUAUCUCAGCAAGUACAUUGGCGAUGAUCACAAAUUGGCGCUUCUGCUCGACUACGACGGGACCCUCGCGCCGAUUGCGACUCACCCGGACCUGGCGAUUCUGCCUCUCGAGACCAAGAACGUUCUUCAGCGACUAAGCAACAUGCCCGAUGCCUACAUCGCCAUCAUCUCUGGGAGAAAUGUAAAUAAUGUCAAGUCGAUGGUGGGCAUUGAAGGUAUCACCUACGCCGGUAAUCACGGUCUCGAGAUUCUCCACCCUGACGGCAGCAAGUUCGUCCACCCGAUGCCCGUUGAGUUCGAGGAUAAAGUUGGCAAUUUGAUGCAGCUUCUCCAAGAUCAGCUCUGCAGAGAUGGCGCUUGGGUGGAAAAUAAAGGAGCCUUAUUGACUUUCCACUACCGCGAAACGCCAAUUGAAUCUCGUAGUUUUUUAAUAAAUCAAGCAAAGAAAUUAAUUGAAGAAGCUGGAUUCAAAGCCUGCAAAGCGCACUGUGCUAUCGAAGCUAAACCACCAGUCGAAUGGAACAAAGGACGCGCUUCUAUUUAUAUUUUACGUACGGCUUUUGGUUUAGAUUGGAGUGAGAGAAUAAGAAUUAUUUACGCUGGUGAUGACGCUACUGAUGAAGACGCCAUGAAGGCAUUGAAAGGUAUGGCUGCGACUUUCCGCGUAACGUCUUCUCACAUCGUACGCACAUCCGCUGAAAGAAGACUGCCCAGUACAGACUCAGUGUUGACGAUGCUCAAGUGGGUGGAACGACACCUCGGCAGACGUAAACCUCGCAGCAAUAGCGUCGACAUUUCAAAUCGUUUCCGACCCACCAGCGGCGGUGUCACCAUGGAGAUGUCAUUCACCGAGCCCCAACCUUCACUCGCUCACUAAGAAUUUAAUUAGUCAUUUAAAAUACUUAAGAAUUAACAAAACGUAGCUCCGUACACUAGAUUAUUAUUAUUAUUAUUAUUAUUAUUAUUAUUAUUAUUAUUAUUAUUAUUAUUAUUAUUAUUAUUAUUAUUUUUACUUUCAAUUAUUUUUACUUCACUAGUUUAUUAAACGUCGACUUUAUUUAUAAGACUAAGACUUGAAUUCACACAACGCAGAUUUAUAUCGCGUAUGUUUAAAAGAGACUGUUAUUUUUUUUUUCUUAAUCAAAUUUUUUUGAACAAAAAAUUAUGAUACGUCUCCUGUAUUUUUAAAAAAAUUUUCUGAAUCAAAAUCAUUAUUUCCGGGUACAAAAUUGAACAAUUAAAAUGUUUAUUUAAAAAAAAAAAAAGAAUAAUUUACGUAAAAAUUUUCGAUGACAUUUAAAAUUUUUUUUAUACUGAUUUAUAGACCGAGUUCGAGUACGAAUAUAUUUAAAAAUUUAAUAUUAUUAUUAGUGUAGAAUUUAGGAACGUAAAUUUAAGACUAUCGCUCAAAGACAAAUACAGAAAAUAUGACACAAGAUUAUUAGAUGGUCUUGAGUUGCUGAUUUAUUUAAAUAUAAAAGAGCUUCAUAAAGACAAGGUUUAAAAUAAACAAACAGUAAAAUAUCAAAUGUGUUCCCCAUGUAGAAUAUCCUCUAAAGAACUGCGUAUUUUUUAUCGGACAUUUAAAUGAACGUAAAUAUUUUUUUAAGAGAUCUCCACAUUCAAUAUGAUGUCUGAGUGUUGAUAUCAAUAUUUUUAUUACUAAAGACUGAGGUCAGUUAGAAAAUAUUUCAAGCAAUGACAUGAAUUAUAAGAAGUGUACAGUGAGGAAUUACUGUCACUACUCACUGUGAAUCAUAAUUUACAUUUUUCCACUAAAACCGGGAUUUAUGAGUCUGAAAGUAUUUUUACACGGAGUAGUAGUCGAAAAAAAAUUAGUGAAAGUAGCGAUAUGCCUUUGAGUGAUGUAAGUUUCUAAAAUUUAUAGUUUUUUUAUUUUUAAAUAUUUGAUUGGUAAUUGUGGUGUGCAGUCAACUGAUCCCAAUAAUUUUAUAUCACAAGUGAUCCUUACAAAUUGAUCCCGCGACAUGAGUUUGGAAAUUAUGAAAAUAAAGGUUUUAGAGAUGAUGAUAAUGAAAGUUAUAAAAAUCUUGAUGACAUACGGAUUAGAUGCCAGUUGAAUUUAGUCUGGAAUCAAUUUGUAGGAAUCAUUUGUCGGGGAUCAGUUGUCAUGGAACCGGUAAUUGUGUAAGAGCGUUUAUUUUUUGGCACAGGAAAUUUUAUUCUGUUUCGGAGUUUCCACUUUGCAUUAAAAAAAAAACGAGAUUUUAAUUUUUAAGUUACAGAAUUUUAUAAAAUUAUAAUUCUACAUAAUUUUGUUUUCUAUUUUAAAAUAAAUCAUCUAUUUAAUUUAAUAAAUCAGUAAGCAAAAGUUUUCAUUGUGCAGCUUCUGCUAGAACUGUCUUCAGAAAAGAAAAUUGAGUCAGUAAAACAAUUAAAAAAUUAAUUUCAUCUAAAAUUUUAUAACUAAUCUGAUUUUAAAAAUAAAAAUAAUUUUUUUUUACAAAAAAUAAAUCGAACUCUUACAUAAUUACUUGAUACUUUAUUCUUGUUUCAAUAAAUAUAGAACGCGAUUUAGAGAUUUAAGUAUUUUUUAAGUCAGCAUCAUAAUUUAAUACACUGAGAGAAAAUACUUUAAAUUAAAAUUUAAUAAUUGAUUUUUUUCCGUAUAAAUAAUGAUUAAAAAAAAUCAAAAAUAUUUAUCAAAUAAACAAAAUCCAUUUUGUCAAAUAAUAUUUCUCUUAGUAUAUAAAGUAAAAUAAAUAAUCCUACAGUAAUCUCCUUUAUUUUAUCUCGAUAUUUAUUAAUUAGUUAUCAUUACUAGUCAAUAAAAAAAAAGCUGUUAAAAAAACAAAUAGCGAACUAAGAAAAUAAUUUAAAAAAAAAAAAUUUUGACUAAAAAAAAUCAUAUCAAAUAGAAGUAAAAAAAAAUGAAGCACCACCAGAAUUUUCAAAAUAAAUACCUAUAAAAAUUUUUUCUCUGGUGUUUCAAUUGUUUACAAACUGAAAAUAAUUAUGCGCUUAUUCAAGUGAUUAUGCGUCAAUAUUAUAACUCUGUACACGUACACAAUAUUGUGCACGACCUCAUGAACAAGCCUUACAAUCACAAGAAACGGGUGUACGUCUACCGAAUAAAUUAUUAAUAAAAUAUGACUAAUUUUUAUAAAUAUAUUUGAAAUGUUAAAAAUAUAUGUCAGUAACUUUUUUGAAACUGUAAUUGUCUUGUCUGGUUGUACAAAAAAAUUUCCUUUAAUUUGAUUAAAUAAAUAAUUAAUAUAUGAAAGAGUCAAAUUAUUUGUAAAAAAAAAAAAUGAAUUUAUAUUUAAGCCAACUGCUGCAUUGUAAAAAUUGGGAGUGAAUUGGGAUUUUAUUUAAAUUCAAAUUCCCUCCGUCAGAGUUCCGAAGUUUUAAAAAAAAGUCACUCCGAGAGAAUUAAAUAAAUAAACAGUUAUCUGCUUCGCAUUUACUCUGGAUUUACUCUGCUAAUUUU